AUGUUGAACUUUGAAGUUGACAUUUUUGCAAGAGAAAUCAUCAAACCAUCCUCACCACAAAUCAAAGGCAUGAAACCUUUCAAACUCACCUUCUUUGAUCAACUCACCCCCGCAACUAACGUCACAAAUAUCUUGUUCUACUCCAUCAGUGGAACGAGUUUCACUCCCGCCGUUAUCUUGCAUCAGCUAAAGACCUCACUCUCAGAAACCCUAAACAUCUUAUAUCCAUUUGCUGGUCGGAUCAAAGACAACAUGUUCAUCGACAGCUUCGAUGAAGGCGUUCCGUUUGUAUCGGCUCAAGCCGGUUGUCGGUUGUCCGAGUUCCUCAAGCACCAUGAGGUCAAGUCAUUGAACAAAUUGCUUCCAUGCCCUCCAUUCUCCAAAGAAUUGAAAAAUGAGGUUGUCCCCCUUUUGUGCCAAGCCACCAUUUUCGCUUGUGGUGGGAUAGCCAUAGGGUUCGGCGGUUCUCAUAAGUUGAUUGAUGGGCAAACGUAUUUUAAUUUAUGCAAUGUUUGGAGGACAAUCUGUCGAGGUUCCCAUUAUCGUGAUGUUGGAUUUCAUGGUUUAGCUGAGGGAUCCAAGGUGUUUCCACCUCUAAACGAAGUGCCAGAAAAUUACUUGUCAACGAUGGAGAACUUGUGGUUCCAGGGAUCUCAUAAUUACAUUACAAAGAGAUUCACAUUCGACGCCAAGUCCAUAACCGAACUGAGGGCCAUUGCCAAAGGGGAACUCGAGGCUACACCCUCUCGGGUUCAAGCUUUAUCAGGUUUUAUCUGGAAACAUUUUAUGGCAGCGACGCGGACGAUGUCGGCAUCCUCGAAACCAUCUAUAGCAGUUCAAGCUGUGAACCUUAGGCCAAGAAUGAACCUUCCUUUGUUACAUAAAUCGAUUGGAAACCUCUUCUGGUUUGCAAGUUGCGCUGCAGAUAUCGCUGACGAGACCAGCACUGAGUUAUUCGAGUUGGUCAAGUUGAUGCGAGAAUCCGUGGAAGCUUUCGAUGAUGAAUACUUGAAUUCAUUACAAGGGGAACAAGGGUUUGAAGCCACGGGGGACUUAAUUAACCAGCUGGAAACCCUAUUUUCCCAUGAAAAACCAGACAUGUUGGCCUUCUCAAGCUGGUGUGAUCUCAGACUUUACGAGUUUGAUUUCGGGUGGGGCAAGCCGCAAUGGGUUGCUCCAUUCGGGGAAGUCGCGUCUGAUUUUAGGAACCUUAUUGUUUUUCUACCAACAAAGUGCGGGAAAGGCAUUGAAGCAUGGACAACAUUGGAUGAAAGAAGGAUGUUUUUGUUGGAGAAAGAUGCUGAGUUCCUCAAGUUUGCAUCUCCAACUCCCAGAUUCUCAAGUCUUUGAUGCAAAUUGUCUUCCACCGCUGGCACUGCCAUGGGAAGCAUUGGGUGGGAUUUAUGUUAAAGGUUAAGCUGGCUGCUGUUUGAGGGCCAAGAAGUCUGCUUGCAUACUGCUACUGCUGUUUGAGUGGUACGCGUAACAUAUGCAGGAGUAAUUGCAUGCUAUAAAGCGUGUAAAUUGAGCUUUUGAUUGGUGAAUUAGGCAGCGUAAUGGCGAAUCUGUCAUUUGUUGGCAGUUUGUGCCCGGUUUUGUUUAGUGGUAUCUUUUGGAAUUUUAGAUUGUAUACCGGUGUUGGUAAUGUUCCAUCCUAAUAUGUACUC